GCUUGAGAGGGACAGACUUUUCUUUUUUUUUUUUACAUGAGAAGCUCACUUUCACGUUGAACUCGUCAUCUUUCUUCUCUUAUCAGCAGGAUAUAAUAUCGAGGGAAGGAAGUCCCAAAACGCCUGUGCCUUACAGCAUGAACAGUGAUCGGUCCAUGUAUGAACCAAUAACGCUCAACAGUGGAAUCCGUACCUCUGUGAAAUGGAGCCAGCAGGCGGAGACAGAGUACUUGGUGUAUACAGUCGGCUCAGCAGACAGUGAGAUUGAUUUAUAUGGAUCUGGUCUUCAUAUAAAUCAGAGCCCUACUGUUGAGGACCCUCUGCCUGCUUUAGGCCAGAUGCAGGAUAGCAGAAUAGUACAUCGUACCAGACUGGACUGUACCAUAUGUGUACAGCGCAGUGACGAAGCUGUGAAGUUCUGCCAGGAUUGCAAGGCUACUUUCUGUGAGAACCAUGUUAGAGACCACUACCAGGUCCCAGGACUGAUGCAACACACAUUGGUGGAGGCCACUGAAGGAAGGAAAACCAUUCCAAAUGUAGAUGAUCACGUCCAUCAAACAUAUGUUGAAACAGAACAAACUGUGACUCAGGUCUGCUCAUGGAAAACAGCCUUCUUCGUCAGUCUUCUGGGGAUUCUCAUACUGGUACUUGCCCUGGUAGGACUUGUAUGUUAUGCAGACUUCUGUGUCACUGUCCAUGGGUCUGAGCUGGGAUUUCAGCAACGGAUUGUUCUGCUGGGGAAGACUGGAUCAGAGAAGAGAGCAUCAGGAAACACCAUCCUGGGAAGAGAGGCCUUUAAAGUGGAGGCUUCACCUUCGUAUGGGCCACAGUGUGAGGAACAAGAUGCUGUUGUGGGCCGAAAUAACAUAACUAUGAUUAACACCCCAGAUGUGUUGCCAUCUGAGGACGUUGCAGGUAAAGUAGUUCAAUGCAUCAACAUCUCAACACCUCACGUGUUCCUGCUGGUGAUCAGGUUGUGCAAUUGGUGCACAGAAGAGGAGAAGAAAACUGUCAAGUGGAUGAACGAGAACUUUGCAGAGGAGGCCCUUAAAUACACCAUUGUGCUGUUCACUGGUGGAGACCAGCUAGAAGGGAAACCAGUGGAGGAGUAUCUAAUGGACAACAGUGAUUCCCUAAAGCUUCUCAGUAUGUGUGGUGGUAGACAUCACGUCUUCAAUAACAAAGAAAAGAAUGACCUCACUCAGGUCACAGAGCUGCUGGAGAAGAUAGACGGAUUAUUGAAUGAGAAUAGGGGAUACUAUCAUGUGACAAACAUCUUGACCCGGAGGGACGAGGAGAUCAGGAGGAGGGAGGAGGCUCUGAGAAAGAUACUGGAACAGGAGGUUAGAAAGAGGGAUGCAGCCAUAGCAACGAUAAGAGAGGAGGAGGAGAAAAAGAGGGAUGCAGCCAUAGCAACGAUAAGAGAGGAGGAGGAGAAAAAGAGGGAUGCAGCCAUAGCAACGAUAAGAGAGGAGGAGGAGAAAAAGAGGGAGACUGAAGAGAGAAAAGUCUGUGAGGGGGAAGAUGAAGGGAGGAAGGUCAUUGAUAAUCUGGCAUUGAAAGUCUCAGGCUCAGAAAUGUAUGUAGGAGUAACAGUGAUCACAAUGAUCAUACUAAUUGUCCUUUAAUGAUACUAAACUGAAUAUUAGGGAGUCUCUUCAUUUGGUAUUCACAAUCAUCUGAACAUUAGGGAGUCUUCAUUCAUCAUCUGAACAUUAGGGAGUCUUCAUUCAUCAUCUGAACAUUAGGGAGUCUUCAUUUGACAUUCACAAUCUUUGCCGGAAUAUUAGGGAGUGUCUUAAUUUGAUAUUCACAAUCAUCAUCUGAACAUUAGUGAGUUUCUUCAUUCAUCAUCUGAACAUUAGUGAGUUUCUUCAUUCAUCAUCUGAACAUUAGUGAGUCUCUUCAAUCAUCACCUGAACAUUAGUGAGUCUCUUCAAUCAUCACCUGAACAUUAGUGAGUCUCUUCAAUCAUCACCUGAACAUUAGUGAGUCUCUUCAAUCAUCACCUGAACAUUAGUGAGUCUCUUCAAUCAUCACCUGAACAUUAGUGAGUCUCUUCAAAUCAUCAUCUGAACAUUAGUGAGUCUCUUCAAAUCAUCACCUGAACAUUAGUGAGUCUCUUCAAUCAUCACCUGAACAUUAGUGAGUCUCUUCAAUCAUCACCUGAACAUUAGUGUGUCUCUUCAAUCAUCACCUGAACAUUAGUGAGUCUCUUCAAUCAUCACCUGAACAUUAGUGAGUCUCUUCAAAUCAUCAUCUGAACAUUAGUGAGUCUCUUCAAAUCAUCAUCUGAACAUUAGUGAGUCUCUUCAAUCAUCACCUGAACAUUAGUGAGUCUCUUCAUUCAUCAUCUCUUAUUGUAAAGCAGGGUGACCUCUGUAAAGCAGGGUGACCUCUGUAAAGCAGGGUGACCUCUGAAAACAAAACAAGUUUGCAUAUGAAAAUGAUAAAUAAGUACAUUUAUUAAUUGUUGAUCAAUACUUUCAUUGAUUAAUUGUUAGAAGUGGUUUUUUAUAUUCUUUAAAGAACAUAUCUCCCAUUAUAACCCGGUGUUUAGAGAAAUAUAAGAUACCUGCACUUUCUCCAAUGGGUGAACAAAUAAUGCGGUGUCAUGUAUUAUGCAAUAUAAAUGUCAAAACGGUCAAGGAAUACAGUUGAAUCAUCAUAUAGCUGUGUUGGGAUUUGUUUGUUGCAGUAUUUUCAAUGUUAUAUUAACUUGGCCUGGAAAUUCACUAUACUGUAGCUGUGUCUCAUGAAGUGCUGGACCCAGUUUAAAUGUCCUUUAAUAAAACCAAUGUCAGAACAUCAAUGUAAAAUAUAAAUGAUGCAUUUUGUACCACAUCAGGGAAGAGCAGUUGGCUAAACUACUACCGUGAACUGCUCAGUGCCAGAGGCCUGCUAGUUACUGGGUCGUUUCACAAUAAAAGUGCCUUUUGCGUCCCUUUGAUAUCUGGUUAGAGGUUCACCGAGAUGGGGGCUGUACUAAAUGUUUGAUGUAUUAUAAUAAUUGAUUAUGCUAAUGCUGUAUUAAUAGAAGGGGAGGGGUUAUAAGACCCCUCCCUCCUUACAUGUAUAGGGUCCUAGACUACAGAUUAACAAUAUAUAUAUAUUAUGAGGUUUAAUAUUGUUCCACAGUUGUUUUCUAGUCUCUCUGCGUCUUAUAAAGAAACUGUAUGAGAAAUGUGUGACUGUGAAACAGAACUCUGCAGGGGAGUGUAAGAGAUAGGAGACCCGUCAGACAUUCCACUAUAAAUCAACUUGGACAUUUACUGCUAAGCUUUUAGAUAACACUAAAAGUCUUGUUUACAUAGCUGUGUAGGCAUGGUUUUGGUCUCAUGAGUAGAAGUUAAUGACGUAGGCAGUUACAUCACAGGGGGUUGACUACAAGCAUGAUAAAAGCAACUUGGGCCCUUUUCUAUUUUGCAGAACUUACUCAGAAACAUGCGUGCUAUGUUCCUGUUGUCAACUUCUGUCUGCAAUUGCAUUAAUAAAUGAAUUAAUGAUUUAAUUAAA